ACUAUCAAGGCCUAAGGCUUUUGCAUGCUUGACUUGAUGUUUUUACCUUCACUGGACCUAGUUGGCCUAUUGAUUAUGCUUUAAAUGGUGGAAUUUGCUUUGCAUGGUGCUUCAAUGGCCAGGAAUUUAUUUAAUGGUGCUUGAAUGUGGAAAAUUGUCUUGAAUGUGCAUUUGUACCCCCACUUGGAGCCUAGUCCACUAUUCGAAUCUUUCGAUUUGAGGGCUCCAAGUGCGGUUUAUCCCGUUCCUCUUCGUUGACCUUGCUUCUAAGUAUGGCACGUGUGCGUUCUUUAUCUUUGGUUGCAAGACCAUGAAUGAUUACCUGGCCCGCAUCGUCUUUGAGCAUCAUUGAUAACAUCGGAUUUGCACAUGUUUGCACCCUCGUUUCUUGAUCAUUUUGGCUUGAGUUUCUGAUUUCUUGGACUAUUUAUGCUAGGUUGUGUUCCUUUGUCACAUCUCAGGUCCUAGCAUGUGAAUUGAAGCAUAGGCGCAAGUUUCAAGUCAAUCGGAGAUCAUUUGGCAAUUCGGGAGAAGAAACACGAGCAUGACCUGAGGAAUAAUGGACUUCUACCUCAUAUUAUGGACAAAUAAUCAUGGAAAUUUGUCAUGAAAAGAAAGAGGACGAGGCUACGAGCGUCUGGGAUCAAACGGCGACUAAUUCGGAGUCCGGACGAGGGAGAAACGAAACAUUGAACAGAGGCUGAGCAAGCCACAUGGGCACACCUAAAAACCCACACGACCGUGUGACUUGGCCAUGUGGCCGUGUGGGAUUUACCGAGCACUCACACGGGCAUCCUGGGGAGCCACACGGCCGUGUGGCCCCUGCCCGUGUAGCUUGCCUGGUUGCCCAUUAAUCAAAACUCCGCGUUUUGGCACUCACACGGGCAGCUGGGUACCCCACACGGCCGUGUGGCCUGGCCGUGUGAGUCGGGAAAUUCUGGGUUUUAAGCCAAAUUCGAGCCAAAGGAGAGAGAGAGCUGGGUUUUGAUUCCCAAACACCCAAGGGACGAACCCUAGAGAGAGAGAGUGACUUGGGAACAUUCUUGGAGCUAUUUUGGAGGAUUUCUUGACCAUUGGAGCUCGAGAAUCAAGCUUGGAGAUGGAGAUUGAAGAUCUAGAUCAGAUUUAUGCAGUCUCUCUCUUCUCUAUGGAGUAACUUCCCUUCACUUAGGUUUUGAGGAACCCUAGUUCCAUGUGUUAGGAUCUUUCUUGUAUGAAGUUUUGGAUGCUAUAUUGUUUUGAGUAUAAUUGAUUGAGGCAUGAUUUAUUGAGUCAAUUGAAUCUUGAUCAAAUUCUCUUGAUUUCUCUUUAACCUAUGAUAGAUAGAAUAUGAUUAGGUUAAGAGAGCUUUCUUGAUUGAUAGUGGUAAAUUGUUUGUGCGAGAGUCAAUCAAUUCACUCCUUUGUACUGGAAUUCAUUCCAGUAGUGGAGAUCUGUGUGAAUCGCCUUAGCAGUCUAUCCCGGUGAAGGCUAGUCGCCUGUCGGGUAUUCUGUCUAAGAGGGCUUGGUCAGAUUAAGAGAUUCCAAGCUAAUUUAGGAUCUUCCGCAGUUUAAUCAACAGUAGAUCAACUAAAGGUAAUUGCAACUUGGACCUAAUUGAGGAGCUAGGUGGAAUCAUACCUAAGUGAGUUCCCAGCUUGUAAUUAGUAGAGUAGUUAGUAGAGUAGUUUAGUAAAUCAAUCCUUAAUCUAGUUUGCUAGAUAAUAAAUUGAAGCUGAGUAAUAAUCACUCUAGAGACCCGUGGAUUCGAUAUUUAUUACUUGUGCCACUAUAGUGCAGUCCCUUUCAUUGGUUACACUUGGCCAUUGUUAGGUGUUGUGUUCUGGCGUGUCAAGUUUUUGGCGCCGUUGCCGGGGACUUUCUAGAUUAUUUGGAAAGGCAGAAGUUUGUUACUUUAGCGUUUUUCUCUUCUUUUCCACCCUUGCUUUUCACUUGGAUGUUUUUGUUUUUGUUGGUGCAGAUCUGAAUCAUGGAUCCUCAUGGCUUCUCCAACCAUUGGGGGUAUCCACCACCAUCCGAGUGGUAUUACCCCGAAAAUCCCUGGAGAAAUCAAGGAGGAGAAGACUAUGGAUUUGGGUUCCAGUACCAACCCCAUUACUACGGUGAACAAUCAGACCCCUGGGCAUAUCAAGAACAACCUCAUUAUCAAGAAGAAUUUCUCUCACAACCAGAAGGGCCAUCGGAGCUGGAGUUACCCAUGGCGGCCUUCACGAGCCACUCUGCAGAGCCAUGCUACACUUCACUGGAAGAUCCGAACAAACAAUUAAGGCUUCUCGUGGAGCAGUUUGCUCGAGACACUGAGAGAUCAUGCUCCAAGAUGGAUCUUCAAAUCCAAGCCCCUGGCCCUUCCGAUCCCUCAUUUCUCCAUGAAAUGGAGGAGACUGUUCAGCGCUCAGCGAAGCAAACAGAGUGGGUGGAGCAAGUUUGUUCACAUCUUGCUCAAGAUCACCUUUCUGCUACCACUCUAGAAGAGGUGGAGGAUGAUAAAGGAUACGGGGAUGUUGAGGAGCAUACAGAAGUUAUCACAGAGAACUCCCAUGAUAAUCAUGAUCAGGAAAGUCCUCUGGUUGCAGAUCACACCUUUUAUCAUUUCUGCUCUAACAUGCUGGGCCCGAGCGAGGAGAUGCAAGAUUAUCUCAUUGAAGAAAUCACAUGGCGACUUGCACACCAAUCCGUGCUAGAAGAAGAAGAGCAAGAAAGGGUGCAGAAAGAAGUUGCGGAGGAUGACGAAAGUGAAGCAGGAGGAGUUCUUGAUCAUUUCCCAGGGGUGAUACCACAUGAACAAGGAAGGGAGGUUGAAGAAGAAAUUGGCGUCCAGGUCGAGGACGAAGUUGAGGUGGAAGAUGCCUGCACCGGCCAUGAGUUGGAAGUAAUAUCCCCACCAAACUUCGAGGAACUACUUAGAAAGGACCCAUUUGAAGUGUCUCUUUGCCAGACCAAGGCCACAUCGACAUCAGUCCCUCUUGGUGGACGCGAUGGUGGCCACUCGAUGCUGUCAUAUCUAGUUUGGAGCAAUGAGACGAGAGAAAAGAAGAAGAGGUCUCGAGGAUGGAGACUUCAUCUGCAUCAAGUGCACGAGCUUCCAUCACCAGUCAUACCACAUGCUCGUGACUUGCGACUCCACCUCAUUGACGAGAACCUCAACUGCAAGGAGGUUCUAGCAUGGACCGAAACUUAGGAGCCAUCGUCCGGCUCACGACGUGAAAGAAGCGCUUUUUGGGAGGCAACCCAACCAGUCGGUUUGCAUUUCUUUCUCUAUUUCUCCUCGGUUGAGUCAGUUUUGUUAUUUGAUUUUAGAUUCAAUAACUCAACCUUUGUGAGAUUUUGUGUGGUGUUUGUGUUCUGAUUACUCUCUCUUUCUGGAAUGCACCGCCUGACCCGUCCAUCAUCAUUCACCCUUGAUCUGGUAACUUCGUUCUACCCUCCUUAUCUUUCCUCCAUUGAGGACAAUGUCGUGUUUAAGUGUGUGUGGGGGGGUUUUGAUUAUGUAUGCGGGUGAAUGUUUGGCUGUUUGUAUGCUUGGAGCCUAGUCCACUGUCAAAAUUUGAGAUUUGAGGGCUCCAAGUAGUGCUGUUUGCUUGAUCAUAUUGGCACUGUGGUUUUAAUUGGUGAAUUGAAUGGCUUUCGACUUAAUGCAUGACAACUGAGGUGUGACUAGGACAACCUAUAAUGAUGACUGAAACGUGCAGUAGAAUUGUGUAGGGGUUUGGUUUAUCAACUGUUUGCUUACCAACUGUGACUUGGAUUGAUCACUUGUUCUUGACAGUCGGUUAUGCAUCUAGUUCAGGGAAUCAGAAUGAGAGAUAGAGCAUAUAGGUAGCCAUGUGAGAUUUGAGCCUGCUCGUUUCUUUCUUGUGUGAUAGUUCCCUAUUCCAUGAUGUGUAGCAUUCACGUUGUCAUUAGCUAAGAUGAUGGAGGCAUAGGAUUAGCCCACGACCAAAUUGACUGUCUUGAUGUGUCAUAUCCUCUAGUCAGCCCCUUUGAGUUGUGUGUUAUCCUUUCUUUCAGUCUACAAUGAAAAAUCACCCUUUUGCAUCUUUUAGAAUGUUCCACAGAGUGGUUUUUACAUGUUCUCUGCUGUUUCUGCUAAAUAUAAUGUGAGGGUUGGAGGUAGUGCUUAAAAGUUGGGCAUAUGUUUGAAAUAUGUGCAGAGGUGGUGGUUCUCUUAAGGAAUGAGAAAAAGAAUGAAAGCAAAAAAAUGAAAGCAAAAGAGAGCCACUACCAAAAAUAUGAAUAGUGCCCAUUAAGUAGUGUUUCUUAGCAGUCUGGCUUGGAAAUGCUGACAUUUAUAAAACCUCCUUCGCUCGUGUGCUCGUAAGAAUUUGAGUAAUGCAGAAUGGCAGAAAGAAAGUAAGUGGUUUGAUUGACUGUGAUUGUGUUGGGUUUGGAAUUGUGGAACCUUGUGCUACGAAUACUUCCACCACCUAAAAGGCCUUUUCCCCAUGUCCAAGACCCUAGCCAGUCAUCUGAACCUGUGUCUAAGACUUCCGGAUUAGUUAGUGGUGACACCUCAUAUGUGAACUCUAGCAUUUAGAGGCUGCCGUCAUGGUGAAGAGAUGUUAGGGAUUGAGAGAAUAAGCAUGCGCAUUUUCUCAUAUUGUCCUGACCCCACUGGUCGAGAGUGAGCAAUUCAUUUUCUCAUAUUCUCUAUACUCUUGUACCCCGGUGAAGACCUAGAUUGCUCGGUCUCUAUUCUGAUAUCUUGAGUUUUGUGCAUGAGGUGACUGUCUUGAGUAAGUGGUUGAGUCAAGUCUAUGUUGAUUGAUGAACAGAAGGGAGACUCCUCCUUUACUCGAUUUUGCUGCACUCGAAUGUCCUCUGUGGUGGUUGUCCAAGUUGCGGUUGAAGUUGUUCAUGUGUUGAUGUUUGAAAGUCUGUGUGAUUCCCAUGUUUUGUGCCUAUAUGAUUUGUCCCCAAUGUUGGUAUGAUUGAAAUUGUGAGCUUACCUUGUAUCUGACUUGGUUUGCUUGGGGACAAGCAAACGGUUAAGUGUGGGGGAGUUUGAUAACAUCGGAUUUGCACAUGUUUGCAUCCUCGUUUGUUGAUCAUUUUGGCUUGAUUUUCUGCUUUCUUGGACUAUUUUACGCUAGUUUGUGUUCCUUUGUCACAUUUCAGGUCCUAGCAUGUGAAUUGAAGCAUAGGCGCAAGUUUCAAGUCAAUCAGAGAUCAUUUGGCAAUUCGGGAGAAGAAACACGAGCAUGACCUGAGGAAUAAUGGACUUCUACCUCAUAUUAUGGACAAAUAAUCAUGGAAUUUUGUCAUGAAAAGAAAGAGGACGAGACUACAAGCGUCUGGGAUCAAACGGCGACUGAUUCGGAGUCCGGACGAGGGAGAAACGAAGCUAAACAGAGGCUGAGCAAGCCACAUGUGGCCAUGUUGGAUUUACCGAGCACUCACACGGGCAUCCUGGGGAGCCACACGGCCGUGUGGCCCCUGCCCGUGUAGCUUGCCUGGUUGCCCAUUAAUCAAAACUCCGCGUUUUGGCACUCACACGGGCAGCUGGGUAAGCCACACGGCCGUGUGGUCUGGCCGUGUGAGUCGGGAAAUUCUGGGUUUUAAGCCAAAUUCGAGCCAAAGGAGAGAGAGAGCUGGGUUUUGAUUCCCAAACACCCAAGGGACGAACCCUAGAGAGAGAGCGACUUGGGAACAUUCUUGGAGCUAUUUUGGAGGAUUUCUUCACCAUUGGAGCUCGAGAAUCAAGCUUGGAGAUGGAGAUUGAAGAUCUAGAUCAGAUUUCUGCAGUCUCUCUCUUCUCUAUGGAGUAACUUCCCUUCACUUAGGUUUUGAGGAACCCUAGUUCCAUGUGUUAGGAUCUUUCUUGUAUGAAGUUUUGGAUGCUAUAUUGUUUGAUUAUAAUCGAUUAAGGCAUGAUUUAUUGAGUCAAUUGAAUCUUGAUCAAAUUCUCUUGAUUUCUCUUUAACCUAUGAUAGAUAGAAUAUGAUUAGGUUAAGAGAGCUUUCUUGAUUGAUAGUGGUGAAUUGUUUGUGCGAGAGUCAAUCAAUUCACUCCUUUGUACUGGAAUUCAUUCCAGUAGUGGAGAUCUGUGUGAAUCACCUUAGCAGUCUAUCCCGGUGAAGGCUAGUCGCCUGUCGGGUAUUCUGUCUAAGAGGGUCUGAUCAGCUCAAGAGAUUCCAAGCUAAUUUAGGAUUUUCCACAGUUUAAUCAACACUAGAUCAACCAAAGGUAUUUGCAACUUGGACCUAAUUGAGGAGCUAGGGGGAAUCAUACCCAAGUGAGUUCCCAACUUGUAAUUAGUAGAGUAGUUAGUAGAGUAGUUUAGUAAAUCAAUCCUUAAUCUAGUUUGCUAGAUAAUGAACUGAAGCUGAGUAA